CGUUGUUCCGAUGCCAUGUCUCCGCGUUCGGCUGCGGCAGUUGAUCCAGUACAUAAAAAGGAGGUCUACAUAGUUUCACAGCACAGUACAUAGCAGUAGUUGGUUGGGUGGCUAGGGUAGUGUAGUGACUGAGUGGCAGCGCAGCAAUCAGCAAGUAGUAGUAGCAGCAGCAGCAGUAGAGUGACCACGAAGACGACGACAGGGUGGAAGAAUGAAACAGUGUUCUAAAUGUGUGCUACAACCUAGGCUAAUUCGGUUUACGGAAAGGUGCACUGCUGAAGGAUAUAUGUCGCGCGGAGACCCGCUAACCCGCGGAAGUGUUUGUGGGGAGGUGGCUUUCGUCGUGUCAAUGUGUAUUGUAGUUUAGUAGUAGGUAUCUUCGUCUUCGUCGUUCAUAAAUCGUUGACAGAUUUUUUUUAGUGCAGUUCUGGAGUAGUGGCUUAAGAGUUUGAAAUCAGCGAAUGCAAAUGAAAAGAACGUGUAAAGUGCUCCUCUGGUCAGAUUUGAGGUGAAAACGGUGUGCUAGACGUUGUGUCUCUCCUGUUGAUAGUGGAAAGGAUGAACCGUUUACAUAACAACAGAGAGAACGGCGGAAAACGUGGGAACCAAACAGGGAGUGAAAUUGUAACCUUUUCCCGCUCGACGACGGCGGUGAUGAUGAUGAUGAUGAUGAUGAUGAUUGGAAGCUCUUUAGCGGACGAGCAUGGUGAAAAUAAUGAGUGGUAAAUACGAUAAUAACGUGCACGUUCUGAGGAAAUCGAUUGGACGGGAAAAUUGGAGCGAUUUUUUUUUGUGUCCAGCCUAGAACGAUGCUGGUUCAGGUGGUGGUGGUGGUGGUGGUAGUAGCUGUACAUUAGCUUUUACAUUCAAACAGUAGUUGAGUGUUUCGUCGUCAUUGUGCGUGUUUGUGACUACAUUUCGUUUGAUAGGCUUAAAUGAUAUCACUUAGUAGUGCAUUGUAGUGCUUGAUUCUAUUGAUUUUUUCCCAAACAUAUAAUUCCAUGUGUGAAAUCUGCUUACCAAUUCAAAUCAAAUAGUAGUAGUUACAGUAGUAUUACAAGUUACCGUUCAUAGUUCAAAGCGACAAAAGUUUCAAGUGAAGUGAAUCCUUGAAGUUACAUUAGUGAAAAACUACAGUUUUCCUGCGAAACUGUUGAUUUUAAAUCACAACCUGAAAAGGCAACUUGUGUAUAGUAACGCGAAAAAACACUACUCCUGCUGGAAACGUCAGUUAUCGAUUUUCCCGUCGUUUCAGCUGAGAUCUACAAACAGAGGGAUUUAAAUGUUGCGGUGGUGAGGAGCUAAACCAAACCAUAACACACAAGUGGAAACGGUUGCCAUGUGAUGAGUGCUUUCAUCAAUAAUCCAAUUUGGAUGCGGCAAAGGGUUUAUGGCAGUGCCAGCUUCUAACUAGGGCCAGUCGCCAGUGCCGCCAAGUGUGGAUACCGAAAAUAUAAUCCCAUUUACGCUCCCGAGGGAAACCAGCAGCAAUGAAGCAAACAGUGGUUCUAUUCAUAAUUGGCUGCACCGUUUUGGGUGCCGCUUUCGCCGGUGCCCAGAAUUCCGCCAGCAGUGAUCCAGCCCCCGGUCGCUCUCCCGGUCCACCCGGUGUGCAACAGUUGUCCGACAGCGAGCACGGCGAACCGGCGGAUGAUGCACCACCGACGUUCAUCCUGACCAGGGAUGCCGCCGCCGACGACGACAAUCGGUCACCGUUGACGUCGAAUGACGUUCUGGAUGCGUCGUCGGAUUUGGAGGAAAAAGAAGCGGACGGUUCAGAACAGUUCACAGGUGACGUCAGCAGUGAAUCGUCGUCGUCGUCGUUGUUGUUCGGAGUGAUUGCUGCUUCCGCGAAAAGUACUGCUCACCGCAUUGACGAGUUCCUGGAAGGGGAUCAACUUCUGGAGCCCGAGCCAAUUUCUGCGAAUAAUCCGUGCUCCGGCAGUGUAGAUAAUUAUCUGAAAGCAGAAGAUGAAAUCGUACGCUUCGAAGCUGGUACGACAGAGGGCUCUGGUGGUGGUGGUGGCAGCAGUCAAAGCCUACUGCUGAUUGACGUCACUCAUGACGUGUUUGAUACGGCUAAUGGAAUUGUUCCGGGCGUCAUCUAUAGAGUUGAAGUCCGCCGGCCGGAGCAGUCGGAAAUUCGUGAUUUCUACAUCGAAUCGCUGGAGGGAGCUCCACCGUCCACUGUUCGGGAUGACCUUCGUCGCAGCCGCAGUCGAGCGGUGGGUAACUUUUUAGAUAGCAAUCAACAAUCCAACUCGGUGACCCAUCCAACCGACGGGCUGCGGGUUAACAUCAAAACGAACACCUGGAUCGAUGAUCUGGAAGCGGAUUGGGUUAGCGGUCACCACCACCACCAGCACCACCAUCGGGAGAAGGUGAGCUCGAACGUUCCGAAAUCGGCUGCUGGCAAGCAAAGCUCGUGGGAACAGGAUGCGGUUCGGUGGAAUUCAAUCCAACCGAAUGUGGAGGCAUAUUUCGAGGAAGGGGAUGGAGCUGAUUCGGAAGAGUUCGAAGGUACCUUUCAGCCGAGCGAUUGUCCCGGUAACGUGUGGAAGCAGGAGCUCAUGUUCAGCAACCGGAUGGUGAUGAACUGGAGUGUGACCCGGGAGGAAGGUGGGCGUAGCGUGUACAGUGAACUUCGUGAUAGCAUUAGCGGCGGUAGGGGUGAAGGAAGUGGCUUUAGUUUAGGUGACAGCGAUCAACGCAACAGAACUGCAUAUUUUAGGAUAUUGUAUCGUACAAUGACCAGCCAUAUUGUUUACGAACUGAAUUACCCAAUGGUGCUUUUGAAAGAAUGCAAUUUACUACUUAAGGAAACUUCGGGAUCUCUAGACUCUAGCAAACUGCCGGCGGAGUACGACAACUGUAGAAUAGGCUUCCCCACGCGUUUGGAGGAUAAUCAGCUAGCAGCGGACGGUGACCGACGGCACUCACCGCCCGGUCUGGUGGUACAGCUGACAAGGCUCAACAUUCCCUGCCGUUCGGACGGCGGGUAUCUCAAGUUUAUCGAGUCCAUCUCUGACGGUAGUGUAGAUGGACGCGACGAUGCAGUGAACAGUGGUGGUGGUGGUGGUGGUGACACGGAAGGGCACUUUCUGUGUGGCAAGCUCGAGGAACUGCCCAAAAGCGAUCGGACGUUUCACUUUCAGAAGCAUCGCAGUACCGCUCUGCUAGUGCAUAAUCGACCGGUGUUUAGUUUUAACUUUAGACUAGUGGACUACUGUUACAAUGUAACGAUUAGUGAUAGGAACAGCUCGGUGCUGUUAAGGCCACUGCGGGGUCUCGACUGUCGGUUUAGGAUUCAUCUACCAUUCGGUAACCGGGUGUCGCUACGGUUGAACGCGAAUGGAGUGGCGGAAGCGUCCAAUUCGUCCACGAUCAAACACGAACAAAUAGAUUUAGGCGUACCGCAGGGUAACAGUUACGAAUCGCAGUGCUACAAUGGUCUUCGCGUGGAAGUUUACGAGCAGCCGCAGAACCGAUGGGUUCGCUGCAUCGACAGCUACAGUGAUGUGACCGAAUACACGCUGCUCUCAAGUGAUAAUAGUUUAGUAAUUCACGUUAGCAAGUACUCACUGCUUGCGGCACUGGAGGCCGCAGUAGCAAACGAUAGUAGCAGUAGAACGAUUCCAUCACUACUCAUCGAACACGACGCGCAACCGAUCGAGAGCGUUAUCUCACAAUGUGCCUUCGGAUGGAUCGCAAGCAGCCAGUUCUGCAUAGCCGCCUUCGAAAGUCAACGGCUCAGCUGGCACGGAGCGGAACAGGAAUGCAACCGGUUGGGUGGCCAUCUGGCUUCGAUCCGAUCGGUUUCGGAACAGAAGCUGGUGGAUCAACUGCUGCUCAAAAGUCCCAAUUACAAGGAUGGUAAUGCCUACUGGAUUGGAGCAUCCGAUCGAACGCUCGAAGGGGACUUCCGGUGGAGUGACAGUCUACCUUUUAUGUAUUCUAAUUGGUUUCCAGGUUGGAUACAGAUGGGUAACUAUAAUCGACAGCCCAACGACGAUGGUUUGAGUGAGCAGGACUGUGUGGAGAUUCGACGCCAGUUUCAGACUCCUCCCAGCACUUCAGCAGCCAUCAGUUCGCUAACGGUGUCCUACAUGUGGAACGAUCGGGAUUGCGCGACGCAGAACCAUUUUUUAUGCGAACGUGUUGUGGUGGAAGAAGCUCUCGAGAAAACCUGGCGCGAAGAUUGCAACAAAACGGUAACUCUGUCGAUGGAUCAGCCAAAAGCCACCAUCUGGAGUCCGAGGUUUCCACGACCAUAUCCGGACAAUGUUAAUUGUCUAACUAUUAUCACUGCCCCUCCCGGCUAUCGGAUAGUGUUGGACUUUGAAGAGCUGGUCCUUGAGAGCGAACCGCUAUGCGCGUACGACUACCUUCAAAUUCUGGAACCUCCAGCCAACUACUCCUCAGCGUACACGAAACCUUCGCGAUCGCUGGCUUCUGUGCCUCUGUUCCAGGCUCGCAAUCCACGCCACAGCACCAGUCGGUUCUACGUCCGCCGGAGAAAGUCCAAUCCGCCGCCGCCGCCUUCGAAAAUAGACAUCGGCGAUCGGUUGAUGGCCACCUUCGCCAGCAAAGCUCCGAAUCUGAUUCUCCAGCCGGACGAUCCUAGCUAUAAUCUACGGAUUCCUCCUCCGGAUUUGAAUGUCGGUCGCGUUCCACGAAAAGUUUGCGGCGAUUGGAGUUCGAAGUUGAAGCUGCUGCGACACGUGUCGAAGGGUGCUCUGCUCGGUUUGCGGUUCAUAUCCGACUACUCCAACCACUUCGGGGGAUACAAGGCGAAGGUUGCGAUGGAGAAUGGAAGACAAUGGCCACGUGUGAUAUCGGAAUGCUACGAUGAGCGGUUCCAGGCGUACAACGCAUCCUGUUAUUUAUUCAUCUCCUUCCCGCAAGUGGACUGGAUGACCGCACAGCAGGUAUGCCGCGGGAUCGGCGCACAGCUGGCAUCGAUUUCCACCACCGACGAGCAGAGGUUCAUUACGACCAGCAUCCGGAACAGCUUGGAUUACACGCCCCGAGCUAUGUACUGGGUCGGCGGGGAGCUCGCCGAUACCGGAAUGUUGGAGUGGGCGGAUGGUGCGAAAUUGAUGUUCGAGGGUUGGCUACCGGGCCAACGGCCGGAUCCGAAGAAGAUGCCAAAAGCUUCCCCUAGCUGCCUGGGUUUGCAGUGGAAAAUUUCUCCCACUCCGAUGAUCUCGUCCGGAUUGCACUGGAGUGUUCAAAAGUGUACUACCGGGGGUGGUUACGUUUGUAAGAAGCCACGACCGACGGCAGUGGAAAACAUGGCGAAAAAUCAAACACUUACCGGGACGGAGGGUCGGCUGCUUUCGCCUAAUUAUCCCAAUCCGUAUCCGGCGCGAACCGAUUACUGGAUACGGUUGGAGGCUCCGGAAAACAAUCGAAUCAUCAUUCAGUUUCAAACGUUGGAUAUAGAGCAGCAGGAGGAAUGUUUGUAUGAUUAUGUUAGCAUCCAGAAUUUCCAGGUUCUUCCCGGUCCUGAACUGAAUCCAGGGACGAAUCCUUUUCCGAUGGCGAUGUACUGGGACCGGGCAGAAGAUCUUUCCUCGGCGGAUUAUAGUAAUGAUCAACCGUUUGCAAACUUGCUCAAAGGCGAUUACUAUCAGGAGCAAAACAGCUCUCCUCGGAAGGAGGAGAGAUUUCAGAGAAAACGCUCACUUCCUUUAAACGAUGAUAUCCAACAGAAGUUGCAGGAUAACAUAAAACUACUGGAGAAGAUCAACUCCAAGCUGAAAGAUCGUAAGAAACGGUUUCUCAGUUCUGAUAACUACAAAACGGUGAAGAACAGCAAUCAGAGUAUCGCGUUAGAGACGAGUAGUGUGGACUCGCUGGAUACUAGCUAUACGGGUCCUUCAUUCCUGCCUUACGUCCGGUGGUGUGGAACGCACGACUCCAACAUGAGCCGGUUCAAUUUCAUUUCCGACGGAAAUGAAGCCUUCCUGCGCUUCCACUCGGACUAUUCCGUUUCCGGGAGCGGCUAUUCGGCAACCUGGAGCACGGUGGACAUUUCCGGAUGCCCAAUUCAGACGCUCACUUCCCGCGAGGGAAGCAUCCAUAGUCCGAACUAUCCGCACUUUCUGCUCAACAAUCUAGACUGUACCUACGUUAUUCAAGCCCCCUUUGGGAAGAAAGUUUGGCUGGAGUUUGAUUUUUUUGACAUACUUCAGGAUGCCAUCGUGAAUGUAGACAUAUCGGACGGUCCGUUCGUGCCAUUUCGUGACGAAAACCACCUGAACGAUGGUGUUUUUCUCAGCAAGGGAGAACGUAUGGUUGUGCGGUUGAAAACUGGCGCUCUGCCACGGGGAAAAGGUUUCCAUGCUAGCUUCAGAACGCUUGGCGCGGCAGUUGAACAGAGGUCCAUAAAUCUCGAGAACAAAACGGCCGGUAAUUUAUUCCACCUUAACUAUCCGCAAACGGCACCGUUUGAAUUGGACUUCACGCAACACCUGAUAGCACCACUUGGGGCAGUCAUACUGCUGGAGCUGCAUGGAGUGGGGUUCAGCGAGCACGGUUGCCAUCAGAGUGGUUUCAUUGAGAUUUCCGACAACUACGCCGACAGGAACGGUACCCUGUGGCACCUGUGCGACAUUAACCACUCGAAUGCGUCCGCCGGCAACGCCUAUUCAGCGGAGUACAGGACAAUAGAGAGCAACCUCGCAAAGCCUGCUCCGAUCUACAUCACAUCCUACCUGAACACGCUCCACAUCCGACAGCGCAACGUGCAGGGCAUGGGCGUCCGUCUGAACGCCACCAUCCGACUGCAGUCCGACAUAGGAUACAAGAUGAAACUAAUAACCAACGACGAAGAAUGGGUCGAAAGUUGUAAGCCUAACCCGUGUCAAUCGGGCGGAAAGUGUGUCAUGCAAAAAGAUCGCGGCAUUUGCCACUGCCGUGGCCAUUUUACCGGACGCUUCUGUGCUCUGAAUAUGUGCGAACUGGAACCGUGCUAUUUCGGAAAGUGCGAACUUACACAAUCCAGCUUCAAGUGUCUCUGCCAACCGGGCUACAUGGGUCAAAGGUGCGACGAAAAGCCAAAACCUUGUGAAGAUAAUCCCUGUGAAGGGCGCGGCGAGUGUCACCCGAAGAACGGUGGAUUCUUUUGCCGGUGUCAUGCCUGGUGGGAGGGACCUCGCUGCGAGAAACGAAUGAUGCGCAUUCCGUACAAACCCUUGUCGGAACGAAUGCUGCAGGAACCUUUCUGGCUUGGCUUGAUAACGGUAUUCGUAGUUCUGGCGGUCAUCGGGUUGGUUUGGUGUGCGAAGCGACACUUCCCGGAAAAGAUAGAAAAACUUUUGGCCGACGAAGCUCAUAGAAAUCGAAGUAACUUCCCACCGCAUCACCUCAACACUGCUCUACGGGAACAGCUUCAGGCUACCGCCGGUACCGUGCCAUCGUCAACGGCAACGACUCCCGCGACGCAUCGAACCAUCUUCGGACGUUUGGGUAUUAGAAAACCAUCUAUAUUGAGCCUCAGCAGCCCCCAGCAAGUGGGAGGGGCCACCGCUAGAACAUUUUCAUUAGAUGAUCUAUUACGGCCCCCUCCUCGACGUACUCCAUCGCCUCGAAAGAAACGAAACAACUCAACGCCGACGAAGAAAAAUGCAAACGAGAAGAAACAAAUACUUCAGCAACUGGUAUCGCCGGCACCGAAUUCAGCUACCAAGGUAAGCCUGGGUGAACUGAUCCAGCUGUCCGAAAACCGGCUCAAGGUGAACCAUGCCGAAUCGGAAUCGGACAUAAAGGAAACAACGUUCUCCGAUCAUUCGCUGUCGGUUUCGUCGAUAGUGCGCCAGAUAUCGGAUCCGAAGCUGGAGAAGAAGGUCACCUUCGCCCGGCUGCUCAGCAAGGUGUCGGCUGAGAUAAGCAGCGGCUCCGAUGACCUCGCCAAUGGAUCGAAGCAUUGUAGCGCCUUGAGUCUUCCGACUGAAGUUACGCAUCGUGCGAGUUCGGUUCCGCAGUCACCAAGCACAAACGAAAUUCGUUCGCCACACAGUACUUCCUCGAAUCAGGGAAGCGACUCGCUAUCUAGCUCCGAACUAGCUUUGCAUGAUUUUGGUUUGCGGGGUCAUCGAAGGACACGGCCCAAAGUGUCCAGCGCCGAUUCGAUUCUGGCCAUGUUCAAAAAUUUUGCCACCUCGAGUGCCGGAAUAAAUCUGCCCUCGUCUAUCGUAAUCUCGCCAUCGUCAACUCCAACGGCAUCCAGUCCACAGGAUGAUGUGGCCGGUGACGACGACUCGUCGACGUCGUCCGCUCAUACUCCGGUCAGCUUCUCUAGCGGAGCACCGGACUCACCCGUAUUCUACCGUCAAAGUACAAUCGAAGUACCUGUACUUGAUGCACUUAGCGCUCAUAAAACAACACCCACGACUACUGCCGCACAGUUGCAUCCACCUACCAUACUGUUGGAGAUACCAUCCAUCAAUAACAAGUGCCUAUCGCCAAUUAGAGAAAUGCCAACACCGAUCCCCUCGCCAGCGCUGACACCGAUCAUGCCGCGACCUCACCGCAUUCGAACCCCACAGAACCUCUACGAUGAGUCGAUGUCCGUGACGUUCAGUGGCGACUACUCCGGAUACAACAACUCCAAACCCAACCAAGUCACUAUCGAAAUCAACCAUCCCGAUUCCGAUACCGAUUCUCCUACUCCCAUGAACAUGUCCUCCCAGAGUGAUUCAACAAGCUCAAAUGGUUCCAGCAAAUGUCACAAAACACCGCCAAAGAUCUCCAUCUCGAUCGACGUCCAACCUCCUACGCCGAAACGAGAGAAACCAGAACGGCCGCGCGAUUUAGUGAUCCCGGAACUGAUAAUCCAGCAACCAAGCCCAACGAAAGAACGCUCGAGAGUGGUCAUAUUUCCCGGUUCGCCUCCUCCUCAACGUGCCAGCAUCGGAGAGACCAGCUUCCUUUUCCCCAACAAAGAACAGCAAAAAAGAUUGCUCAAACAGUGGGAAAAACCAGGGUCCCUCGAUCUCCCAUUUGAGCCGCCAAUGAUUACGAUCACCUCCAACAUGAGCGAGGUGGAGUCUGACGCUGACUGUAUGUCCCCGGCCGCCACAGGUAAACCGCACCUUGCCAACCGACUAGGAGUGACCGGUAGUUCCGUAGGAAUGUGCUAUCUUAGUCCGUUUUCGAUGUGUACUCGCGGUGAUCGUGCACCAUCCGAAAGUAAUCUAAGCUCGUCUGGCUACUCUAGUAUGGCUAGUCCUGGUCCCAGUAGGUGCGGGUCUAGUAACCCCCUUUGUCCCAGUGAAAUGGAGGAUCCGGGUGCAGGUCCUCCUGGAACGAGCUAUCAUGGGUUGAACUCUAUGCUGGGUACAAACCGGGGUCGCCAAACGUCGAUUCUCAAGAAGCACAGCGAAUCCGGCGGUAGUGGAACGGCUGCCGGUGGUGCCACCGACCGGCACGAAGCAUUCCGCCAAAGAUCCGACUCGGAGACUCUCUCCGAUGAUCCCUUGCUGGAGUCGAAUGACGAGGGUAUCGGAACGGAUCAUUUGGACGAGAAAAUCGAAGAUGGAGAAAUCCGAAGUGCCAAAGAGCUCGAAAUCUAUAUCGGGCAUGAGUUGAUUGAGACCGGUCAAAGCAUACUGAACCAGGAGGUUGCGUCCAUGUCUCAGCUGCAACUACCGUCGAUCGUGAUACAGUCCGAGAGUGGGUUUGACAAGCUCUCGCCGGUCUCUUCCAGAUCCGAGAGUCCGCUGAGCGAUCGAACCAUCAGCAUGGAAAGGUUCUCCCCUCUUUUCUAUGGCAAAAAAGAUCAGCAACUUCCUUUCACCGACUCGGAUGGACUUUAUGACUUCCCCUCGUCCGACGGUAAAGGUAGUUCUACUACCCAUCACCGCAAGAGUACCGGCCGUAGAAGAGAACGGCGUAGCUCCCGUUCUGGACCUUCACUUUCCCCCUCUAAAUCGACCUCGGUACUGCUGGAAAUACCAGGCAAGGAUAAAGCUCUCAAUCAGUCAAACAGUGUAAGCUCUCACAUCGGACCGAAGCUGUCCUGUGCCACUCCGACACGCAAAAGUCCAAAAAGACGCCCACUUUACCGACACCCGGUCGCGAGCAGUUCAUCGUCAACGGAAUCGUUAACAUCGACCCGCGAAUACGCACAGCGAUCUAGCAAAGCUGCGGUCACGUACACGAAGGAAACCAACCUGUACGACUCCGGAGACGACACCGGCGAGCCCGAAACUUUGUUCCUUCCAUCAACAAUGUCAUCAUUAUCAACAACAACCACAACAGCUCCAACGAAAUCCAAGCAGCCGGAGGUACCGCCAAGGUUUGCAUGCGCAGACACUGACAUCUUUCAGCGCUUGCUGAGUUACAAACUGAAUCGACUGUCGUCGUCGAGCGGUACUGCGGCGGUCUCCACUCAACGCUCGACUAGCAAACAAUCGUCGUCAUUCGGUAGCUAUUCCUACACCCGAAUCGGUCAGUUUGACGACAGCAUCGAUUUCGAGGACGACGAUGACGACAAUGAAGAAGCUGAUGCUUUCUUCCGAAAGGAUGUAUCUAGUCAAAUUCUGCCCACUGUAACAGUCGAAGAAAUGAACAAGCCGAAGAGUAAAAUCGGACGUCUGAAGGCCAUCGGAAACCAGAUACGGUUCCUCCGAAGGCUGGAACGAUCAAUCCAACGAAAGGACCGCCAGAUGGUGAUCUCGGACGAGGAUGGUUCGUCCUCUCGGGACUCCCCACGCGUCACUUCACCGCUGCUUAAAAAUCUCAACCACUCCCCAGCAAUGGUGGUGGCCAGCGGUAGUCGACCGAAGUCGACGGCAACGGAUCCGAUCGUAGUGGUGGAACCACCCAGCGAACGAACAACACCCUUCCAGCAGCUGUUGGCUCCGUCCAGUGCUGUCGGCUCCGUCAAGUCUCGCCAAAAUUUCAAAAUGUCCCGCCAGAAGCGGGUUGCCAACAGCCGUGGCGGAGGGUACAACGAACAACAGCAGCCCUGGCUGGAACGGGAACGGGAACACCGACUGCUCGGCAGCGGUGAUGUAAAUAGCGAUUGAAGUGUAAAUAGUUCAAACUCAACCUUAAACAUAAAGUAAUGAAGCUCCUUACGUUCAACACGUUAACCAUCUUCCAACAAGAACAGUUUGCAAUAGAAAAAAAAACCGAAAAUAGUUAAAUCAGGAUGUGUUGUGCAUGUUUUCGGUUCUCGAACAUUCAAAGCACAAAAUGUAGAAAAGUAAACGACAUAACUUUUAGCUGUAAGGUGUAAAUAGGUACUCACUAUAUUACCUUGAAAUGCUGACCGUUCUAGCCUUUUUUGAGCUUGAAUGAAGAAAAAACAUCCAAAGAGAAGAGUAGUCGUCACUAAUCAAAAGUUAAAAAAAGCAAGCAAACAAGCAAACUCUACAGCAAUACUUUUUCUAAAAUCCAGCAAAUUGAAGGCAACAAAAAUAAUAUAAAAAGAAAAUGUUGAGACGUUGUUUUUUUCCGGUGAAGCUGAGUGUUUUGGAUUCCUUUUUACACUUGAAACAAACUCACGGUUUAAUCUUAGGAACUCGACACACCCACGUAUGCUUGGGUAUUACAGAUACACUGAUGUCCAGGUUCGAUCUGCAACAUUUGAAUGUGUUCAGUUUAGUUUAGACGCAAAUUUUCGCGAAGCACCACCCUAAGGAUAAGCCCGCCCGGAAAAGUACGGUGUAGCAGAAAUGUAAAUGCUUCAGAUUCUUUUUUAUUUGGUGUUGACUCAAACCUUGCACCUUGGAAUACAUUGAAUUGUUAAAAGAAUUGCAACCCUAUUAUAAGAUUGUGGCAAUUUGGUGCCACAAUGGACCCUAUUAUAAGUUUGUGGCAAUCGACAAAGAAAAAACUUGUAUGAAAUAUUGUUAGCAAUUCGUUAGGAAGAAGCUUGCACUCUCGAUUCUAGAACCCAGCACUACAGAAAUAAAAAAAAAACAAUCGAAAAAGGAUGUGUACAUUGGUAGAUGAGCUGAGACUGAUUUUCUAAAAGGUGAGUGUUUUUUUCCAAUCCGCAAAGCGAUGAGUAGUUGUCGUACUAGGAUAGAUUAGGUUAUGUUAUUUUUGCUCUUCUUGCAGCUAACCGAAUCAAUUAACAAAGUGUUACUUAGCGUUAUUUUCCUGAGCCCCAUUUCGACCAGAAUAACACUUGCUGCGUUUUUGUUUACUUUUGAUCAGCUGUUCUUUAGGAAAUCAGCAACAGUGAAGUGCUCAGCAAAUGUCAUUCCGGUUUAGUUGGGACUCAAAAAGUAACGCUAUGUAACACAGCUCAUUUUAGUUCAUAGUUAAUAUUUUGUUUUUUUUUUGUUAUUGGUGAUGCUGUCAAUGUUAGUCACAAACGCGUUUGUUUAGAAAAGAGAACAUUUUAAGCGGUACACAAACGCUUAGUUACUUAUUAGCUUCUGCUAUAAAAAUCAACACAUUGACAACACAGUUUUGUUUUGUAAGUUCACCAUUCCGUUCAGAUUAUUCUUAUUCCAUGGAGUUUUUGUGAAGUACUGAAAAUAAAUAGAAAUAUCAAGAGGAGAAAUCCUUCUCAUUUUAUAUCUAUCCAUAUAAAGGGGUCAUUUGAAGGUUUUUAUAAAAUUUCAAAUAAAACGCAUUAAAUUCUAUUUUUUUGUAAAAAUUUUCGUAUCAAUCCUGUGCCGGAGAGGAACCCCACAGCGGCAACUCUACCGUGUGCGGCGCUUUAUUCGACGAUGCUGGGUCUGUUGUCUGUUCGUAUGUCAUUCAGAUCCGGAACACACUGUAUGGGCGACCGGACUCUCAUCCUCCGAUUGCUGCUACAUAGGAUUCUCGCAAAACCAUCGAUUCACGAAGUGGAGCAAUUGUUGAAGGACGGCUUAACAUAGCAGAAAUUAGUACUAUGCAAUUCCACCAUUUACGUCAUGAGGCACUGAUUAUGUUCAAAACAUUGAUCCAAGCAGAAUCAUUUGCUUCGCAGAACAACUUGAACCACGUCGUCCAGUGGCGAUGACACCAAUGAAGUAAAGCUACAUGACCUUCCACCACGUACUAAUGCUAGCAUUAUCACACAAAUCAUGUCAAAAUACGGUGAAGUGGAUACUGUAAAGGAAGAUAAUUGGAGGAACUUCUUCUUAGGUCUCCUCAAUGGUGUGCGUGUAGCGAGAAUGCGUCCGGUAAAACCUAUCACUUACCUUAUUAUUCAAUGCAAAGUUAUCCAAGUUGUUACAUAUCGUCCACAAACAUUGGCCACCCAUCUAGGACAGAUUCUUACGUACCAAUUCUGUGAAAUCCCACCUGUUACGAGCAAGACCGAUAUACAGCAGGUAUGCCGCAUCUUUUUACCAUCUGUGACGCCUAAAAAAAAGCAAAAAUGUGUGUGAAAUCUAAAACUCGAAAUAUUUUCAAAAUUUUGUGAGAGCCUGAAAUUUUCAUGAAAAUGCCAUAAAUCUGCAAAAUUUUGGCUACCUUGAUACACAGUCGUCGUAUAUCACAACCGGUUGACAAACCAACGACUUUUGAUCGGGAAGUAACAAGCACUAAAUCAAUAACGAUCGCGACCAGUAUCAGUAAACCAACUGCCAUAACCGAAAGCGUAGUAACAACGAUUACGUCAAAUACCUCCAAACCAACACCACCAAGAAAAGAAACAACUGCCGCUGAAGACGGAUUUACAACAACGACCCGUAAGAACAGGAACCAAAUUUGAACCUCCGACGAUGAACAAUAUGCAAGUAGUAUUCAUGACGACAUGAUCGCAAAAGACAACGCGAUAGAAGGCAGACGGGCUGAGCCCCAAGUUGCAGAGGACAACGCAGCUAAUGAAUCACUACCAAGGAAAAGGAACUCAACACGUAGCGGUAAGCUGCGUCAUGAAGACCCGAAGGACAGGCAGUAGCUUUGUGUUAUUUUUUUAUUUCUACAUUUGGUAAAAGCACGAAAGUUCCAUGGCUCCGUUAUGCUAACGCAUUGAACCGGUUAGGCAUGUUGCGGCAAAGCUUGAUAGAACCUACGAAGGCAAUUAACAAACAAUCAAAAGCUUACCGAAUUUUUAAACACAUUCCUCUUGACUACCCUCGAUGGGAUCAGAGAUCGGAAGAUUUUCACCGGGAAAAAUUGGAUAAUAAUUGGACUAUCUUCCUGGACGGCAUCAACCGCGAGUCUGUGGAGAAGGGUCCAAUACCUUUAUUCACAAAAGAAGACAAAACGGCCUCGCAUUAUCGAUCAUCGAUGCCACAACUACUGAAUCCUCCUAAAUUGCAACUGAAAUCGGAGUCGAUAAAGGCUUGGUUAAUUUCAUUCGUGUGAUGUUCCGGAUCGUGUCAGAUCAUUAUACGUUGGAUCGUCAUCUUCAGCGUAUUGAACUUGUGGUGAGCAGGCUCUGCGCUUGUGGAGAUGGUUAUUACGACAUCGAGCAUGUUGUCUGGACAUCGCUGUUCACCCUCUUUCCUCCGUACCUGAUACUACUGUUAUGUCGAUGCUACAAUCAAAGCCCUGGAAUCUCUUAAAAACAAAGAUUCAAAAGGCUAAAUUUUAUUUCGUGUAUUGUAAAGGGCGAACACGAAAUUAUUGCGACACCGAAAAUGUCAUGCCAAUUUUCUUAUAAUGUUUAAAAUCAAACCAAAAUUGUAUGGCAGUUUUAUACAUAAAUUUACUUCAAAAAUCAAAAGUUAAUCGAUGGAGCCUUGAGUGUAAAAUUGAACGCAUUUUCGCUUGAUGCCCUUCAUCAAAGUCUUUACAGUUUCAUCCGGUACCAGUUUCUCAGUUUUUUUCCAUUUUCUUAACAUGUCCUUCUCGUCUUUGACUGUCUUCUUGCUCUUCCGAAGUUCCCGCUUCAUCAUUGCCCAGUACUGCUCCAACGGGUGCAGCUCCGGACAGUUUGGCGGAUUCAUGUCCUUUGGAACAAAAUGGACAGAAUUGGCCUCAUACCACUCCAGGACACUUUUAGAAUAGUGGCAUGAUGCCAAAUCUGGCCAAAAUAGCGGAGCUUCGUCGUGCUGCUGCAAGAACGGCAAAAGGCGCUUCUCGAGGCACUCAGAUUUGUAGAUCUCGCCAUUUACUGUGUCCUUUGUCACGAAAGGCUCACUCCUCAGUCCGCAAGAGCAGAAGGCCUGCCAAAUGAGAUAUUUGGAGGCGACCUUCGACAUUUUCUUCUUCUUAAAUUUGCCGUCCACAUAGAACUUGCUCUUGCCGGUGAAAAACUCCAACCCCGGAAUUUGCUUAAAAUCGGUUUUUAUAUACGUUUCGUCGUCCAUCACACAGCGGCCAUAUUUUGUCAGCAUCUUCUCGUAGAGCUUCCGUGUCCGAGUUUUAGCCGUCGAUUGUUGUCGCUCAUCGCGGUUUGGGAAGUUCUGCACCUUGUAUGUAUGUAGUCCAGCUCUCUUCUUUGCAUUCUGGACGUAGCUCUGCGACAUGCCGAUCUUUUUAGUCAAAUCACGGCUUGAGACGUUGGGAUUUGCUUUAAUCAUCCGCUUCACCUUUCCCUCCGUCUUUUUGUUCUCCGGUCCCGGUUUUCUUCCAGCUCCUUUGCCGUGGUCCAACGUCAACCGCUCCUGGAACCGCUUCAACACUCUGGAGACGGUUGAAUGGUGAAUGUUCAACAUUUUUCCCAACUGCCGGUGCGACAGGUCAGGAAAUUCCAGGUGUUUGGAAAGAAUUUGUUCUCUCGACUCGCGUUGGUUCACCUCCAUUUUCGUUGAAUCGAAAAACACGACUUCGAGUUUGACAGCAUGUAAACAAUACACAUCAAUGAGAAAGUGUGCAAAAUUUGGUUGAUUUUUACCCAAUGGUAAAAAAGUUAUGCCCUGUUGGAUGUGUCGCAAUAAUUUCGUGUUCGCCCUUUAAUAUAAAGGUGUUGUACACCGAAUAGACGGAACGAGUACCACAUGCGAUUCUUAGACGCCAGUCUACAGCUUGCUCGAUGCUAUCCGACGCUGGAAACAGUGAUCACAUUACCUAAUGAAGUCUCACAUAAUUCGAUACCACCAUCGACCAUUGAUCCUUUUACGAAAACAACGUUUUUGAUCUCCUUUGAGCUUGUGGAGGUCAGUAACCAUGCUGCAAACCCCUACAUCCACCAAACCAGUGCAGAACCUCCAAACUAGGUGUAGCGAAGGCAAUUAAAGAACGAUAAAAACACUUCGAGCUCUUAAAGAACCCUUGAUCAUCAUCGAUGGGAUUAGAGAUCGGCAGAUUUUCGCAGUGAAAACCAUCGAAAAAGCCACAGAAACCAGCUGGACUGUCUUCCUAGACAACAUCAGCUUCGAUUCAUCAAUAGCAGAACUGUGAAGAAGGUUGGAUGCCCUUAGUCACAAAAUGCCUAACAAUAAAUUAAAUCGGAAACUCUUCUCUUUGAGGAAUCCUGUCUUCCACUUUUUCAAAACGUAAAAACCUCCUCUAUCACAUUCACGCCAUAUACGAACCAGUAUUAGAACAGACCUUUUGCCGGCGUGGAACUAGCCACUGCGUUGAGUGCAGCACGUCCAAUAAUUCAAGAGUUGGAGAGUCACUAAUUUCAAGAAUCCAACAGAAAAGGAGUUCAUGCGCUGUGGACUCAAACAGUCAAAAAGUGCUAGAGUCCAAGAGACAAGGGGACAAGAGUUACAAGUCCACGAGUCCUAGAGUUCGUGAAUUCUAGAGGCCAAGAGACCAAAAUUCUGAGGGUUCAAGUGUUCGAUAGUUGAAUAAUUCAAAAGUCAAGUAGCAUAUCGUAAGAUGUAACAGUUCAAGAGAUCACGAAACAAAGAGUUUGAAACUUUUGAAGUUUCUAACAGACCAAGAGUCUAAUUUUUUCAAGGGAACUGGAAACCCAAGCCCCAAAGACCUAGAGUGAGUCCUAGACUUAAACAAUCCAAGAGAGUUAGAGUUCUAGAUUUCGAUAGUCGAUAGUUGAAGAGUAGAAUAAUCUAGGAAACAAUAAGUUUGCAAAUCCGAGAGUCCAAGCGCUCUAGAAUCCGCGGGUUUUAGAAAUCGUGAAAUCAAGAGUUCCCCUGAGUCUAGUGUUCCAAGAGUCUCGUAGUGGAAAUUCCAAGUAUCCAAGGCCGAAAGAGCUUGAGAAUUCGAGAGUGCAAGUGACCAAGUAUCAAAAGGUCUAGAAAUACAAGACUAUAAGAGUCAAACAGCCAGAGAGUUUGAGAAAUCAAGGAUUUGAGAUUCCAAGAGUAUAAGAGCGACAGGACUCAAGUGCCCAAGAGUCUACAGCUUAAGAAUUCCGUAGUAAAGAAACGUUUGUAAAACCCAUGAUUAGUCAAUGAGCCAACCACUUCAACUGGGGAAGUAUCCGAGGAACCAUGAGCCUGAAUAACUUCCAAUAAUCUUGCAUCGCAAGGUGGCUUGAAUAUAAAACAAACGCUUGAUUCUCGACCAUCGCAAGUACACAUUCCGGAAGGGAUUCGGCACAUGCUACAGCCACCGACUUGCAGUCGGACGUAUCUAGGUCGUAGCCUAUAACAUAAUAUGGCGUGAGGGGAUGCUUCGUCAGCUCCACCAAUGGCCUGUUUGCGGAAACAUCGGCUGCUUAGUGACCGAAGAUUCAGUGUUAGCAGUUAACGAGAUUCCCGAAUGUUAGGUGCUGAUAGUAUAACUAUUUUUGAUCGCCAUCCGACAGUAUCAGGGUGAUCAGGAGAAAGCCUCCGAGCACUUUGUCACUCACUGAAGGGCCUAUCAAGGCUACACUCUGAAGGUAAAAGGACGUUCCGAAAGAAGGGAUUGACUCGUUUGAAACAAGGAGCGCUCUUCCGCCUCCGAAUGGGACCAAAGGUUAUGAUCCAUAUACACACCAUUACCAACGUCGACUCUCCAAUGUGUGUGACAGCUUUUACGUCGACCCAGCACACGUUCAGUAGUUAGAUUAUAGUACCGAUUUCUUCCAUCGUGUAUCAGAGUGAGAGACUGAUCAGAAAAGAUAACCCUACUCCUCUAACAUUCACCAAGGAGUCCGACGUUUGCCUGAUCCUCCGGAUUCCAUUUGAAAUGCUGGUCGUGCUAGUACGCUGGUCUCAUAACCGCCAUAUCAGUCCUGCACGGCAUGAUAAUUUGCAUGUGACCAGAUGGAUGCCGUCGUCGAACCAGCGAUUCCGGCUGGAGGCCGAUCUAUCGUCGGCGAUGCAUGCGCUCAGUCUAUUCGCCGGCGGUCCAGUCUACUCCAGGCGCGUCCGCUGGUCUCCUUUAUCUCUCUGCAGCAGACUAACUUGUCGAGUGUCAAGAUCGGUCGGGCGAUUCCGGUUGGAGUGUAACUUCCCGUUCAUCGGUGCCUCGAUGACCCGAAGCUCUGUACUACUACAUUGCUGAGGGAGACCACGGGUGUGUUGACAUCAAACCAUCAAACCACCGAACUGCGGGCCAUUCAUAAGAUCCAGACAAGAUACUGGAGAGGUUCUACGAUCCACCGAUUCCCUCUUCUUAGGGGCCUGUCAUUGGUGGAUUACGUACGAGUUCAAAUUAAAUUGGUUUUUGUUUUUCACAAGUAACAUCUCUUCCGCUGAAGCUGCGGGGGGUUUCGGGCAUUCAAAUCGGCGGUAAAUGUGAUCAUUUAUAGGUUGUAGUUUCUGUGAAUGGGUUCCUAACCGACUGGUUCCAGCAGUGAACUUCCACUAUCACACAGGGGCGGUUACCGACUCAAAUCAGGAGUUGAUUAAUCAGCUCCGCGGUUACUUCACUCUGUACAACGCCGAUAUCUUGGGUCCAGGUAUGGAUCCGGAAGUUGUAGGAAACUACCAAAUGACUGCAUUUCGGGUCUAGCUACGAAACGGUGCAUCUCUGAAGAACCAACAUUCCAGACUUCCUCGAAAUCUACCUAAAAACCUUGCAUAGGUUAGUAGGACUGGGCGGGAAACUUCAAUAGGAUCCGUGUAUAAAGCGAGGUGUAUGCGAGCAAAUUUUUUAAUAUGACCGCAGUAGAUAUGCUCACAAGGUUAGCCUACAGGAUCUGGGGAGGUAGAUCGUAUUUCAGACAACUGAAGAAUCGUACACACGAUUUCCAUCCCAAGGGAACCAGGAACCCGAAUAACUUCAGACCCAUCAGCCUGCUUCCCUGCAUCAGGACGACCAUGGAAAGAAUAGUACACACCAGAUGAUCUUCAUCGAUCGCUGUUUUGCAUUCCGGAAGGGACUGGGCACAGGUAUUAUGCUGGGCUGCUUCGGCAAAAUAGUAAAUGGUUCCAUAGCGAAACACUUGUAUGCGGACAUCUCUGUCCUAGGUCUCGCCAGGGCCUACAACAUUGUAUGGUGUGAGGAGGUGCUCCACCAGCUGCAUUAAUAGGAUGUUCACGGAAACUAAGGUGAAGACUCGGUGCCGACAAUCACACUAUUCUUGGUCGGCAUCCGCCAUCAUCAGAACAUUCAAAGAGAAAGCGUUCUAGCACUUUGCCACUCACCGAAGGUACUAUCGAGGCUACUUUCUGAAGAUAAAAGAUUUCGAAAGCUGGACUAACCGCGAUAACCGUAUAGAACAAGCACUGUUGCCUCACCUUGCAAUACAAGAGGGACAGUGGAGCAAUUGUUCCUAAACUGCCGGGACUUCGACGACCUGUACCGAUACCAUAACCUACCCUACCUGGUUCAAACUUGGAAACGAUUCAUUCAUUUAUUUAGUUCAACAUCAAUUCUUAUGAUAACACUGAAUCAACAAUUUGCCUCCACAAUACUCGAUUUGUAGCUGCAGCUCUCCAACGUCGGUUACGCCCAACACUCGCCAAAUCACGUUCCACCUGGUCCGCCCAUCGUGUUCUCUGCGCUCCUCGCCUUCUUGUACCAACCGGAUCAUUAGCGAACACCAUCUUUGCAGAAUUGUUGUCCGGCAUUCUUGCAACAUGCCCUGCCCACCGUAUCCUUCCAGCUUUGGCCACUGGGUUCGCCAUAGAGUGCAGCAAGCUCGUGGUUCAUCCUUCGCCGCCACACACUGUUUUCCUGCACACCGCCGACGAUUGUCCUUAGCACUCGUCGCUCGAAAACUCCUAGCGCUUGCAGGUCCUCCUCGAGCAUGGUCCAAGUCUCGUGCCCGUAGAGAACCACCGAUCUAAUAAGCGUUUUGUACAUGGUGCAUUUGGUGCGGGGGUGAAUCUUUCUUGACCGCAGUUUCUUCUGGAGCCCAUAGUAGGCCCGACUUCCACUGAUGCGUCUUCGGAUUUCACGGCUCACGUUAUUGUCAAUCGUCCUAGGUAGACAAAAUCCUCCACUACCUCGAAGGUAUCCCCGUCGAUCGUAACGCUGUUUCCUAGCCAGAUCCUGUCGUUUUCGGUUCCGCCUACCAGCAUAUACUUUGUUUUGGACGCAUUUACCACCAGUCCGACCUUCGCUGCUUCGCGUUUCAGGCGGGUGUACAGGUCUACCACCGUUCCAAAUGUUCGGGCGAUAAUGUCCAUGUCGUCAGCGAAGCAUAAAUAUUGGCCGGAUUUCGUGAAGAUCGUGCCCCGGCUGUUGAGCCCGGCUCGUCGCAUCACACCUUCCAGAGCGCUGUUGAAUAGUAGACACGAGAGUCCAUCAGCUUGUCUCAGUCCCCGUCGAGAUUCGAAUGAACUGGAAAGUUCACCCGAAACCCUUACGCUGUUUUGUACACUGUCCAUCGUUGCUUUGAUCAGUCGAGUCAGCUUCCCUGGAAAGCUGUUUUCGUCCAUGAUUUUCCAUAGCUCUACGCGGUCGAUACUGUCGUAUGCCACCUUGCAGUCGAUGAACAGGUGCUGCGUUGGGACCUGGUAUUCACGGCAUUUCUGGAGGGUUUGCCGUACGGUGAAGAUCUGGUCCGUUGUCGACCGGCCAUCGAGGAAGCCGGCUUGAUAAUUUCCCACGAACUCCGUUACUUUAGGUGAUAUACGACGGAAGAUGAUCUGGGAUAGCAAUUUGUAGGCGGCAUUCAAAAUGGUGAUCGCUCGGAAGUUCUCACACUCCAAAUGGUCGCCUUUCUUUUGAUUGGGCAGAUCACCCCUUCUUUCCACUCCUCCGGUAGUUGUUCGGUUUCCCAGAUCCUGACUACUAACCGGUGCAGACAAGUGGCCAUCUUUUCCGGGCCCAAGUUGAUGAGUUCUGCUGCGGUACCAUCUUUGCCAGCUGCUUUGUUGUUCUUGAGCUGUUGGAUGGCAUCCUUAACUUCCCUCAACGUGGGAGUUGGUUCAUUCCCGCCCUCAACUGCACUGACGUAGUCAAAUCAUCCGUUGCCUUGGUUAUCUGUACCUACAUUCUCCUCGCCGUUCUGCUUCCACCUUUCGAUCACCUCACGGUUGUCCGUCAGCAGGCUCCCGUCCUUAUCCCUACAUAUUUCGGCUUGCGGCACGAAGCCUUUCCGGGAUACGUUUAACUUCUGGUAGAACUUCCGUGUAUCUUGAGAACGACACAGCAGUUCCAUUUCAUCGCAUUUCGCUUCUUCCAGUCGGCGUUUUUUUUCUCCCGGAAGAGGCGUGUCUGCUGCCUCCGCUUCUGUUUGUAUCGUUCCACAUUCUGCCGGGUUCCAUGCUGCAGUAUGACCGCUCGCGCUGCAUUCUUCUUUUUCAAAACCGCUCUGCACUCCUCGUCGAACUAAUCGUUCCAUCGUCUCCGUUCCUCGUACCCGACAAUGUCCUCAGCUACGAUUUUGCUGUUCUCCAGCAGUCCUCUAGAGGGGCCACGAGAGAGCUCUCCCUCGUCCGGCAACGCUGCCUCGAGGUGCUGUGCGUAUGCAGUGGCGACAUCUGGUUGCUUCAGUCGCUCCAGAUCGUAGAUCGAGGCGGCCGUCGGUACCGUAAAUGAUUAAUGACGGAUAGUUUUGGGCGCAAUUUAACCAUCACCAGGUAGUGGUCACGAUAGGUCCUGACGAUAGGUCCUGACGUCGAUAAUGUCGGAGAAGUGCCGUCCAUCGAUCAGGACGUGGUCGAUUUGUGAUUCCGUCUGUAGCGGUGAUCUCCAGGUGUAACGAUAAGGGAAACGAUUCAGUCCACGCUUUUUUAAUGGUGCUGGAAGGGUCACGUAAUUAGACAAGGGUAGUGGCAGAAGCGACAAGCAUGUUCAUUCGGUAGAGUUAGGGACAGACUGGCAUAGCAGGGAAGUGAUACGAUCCACUGAGAGGUUCAACGUAACCUGGCGUUAACGCCAAUUGAUACUGUAAUCGUUUCCUUUCGCAGCCGUGGCCGCACUAAGCAACUGCGAACAAGAUAAAUCACGAUUGGUAUGUGGUAGUAAGGGCUAUUGAGUUACGGCUUGCCACCAAUUCAAGGAUUUAGAUGCUACAUAGCUCCAGCUUGGAUUAGCGCUAGAAGCCCUUCAAUCUCUUCCCCUGCAUCGGGAAGACAAUGAAAGGAAUGGUAUUACUGAUGCCCUCCAAAGAGGUACAAGAUCUUCUCGGCCGUCGCCAGUUCGCAUUCGAAGUCGUUCGAAGGGAUUCGGCAGCCUAGACUGCCCCAAGGCCUUCAAUAUGACCGAAGAUUCAGGGUAGGUAUUAGAGGAAACCAAUCGGAUCUGUUUCGGAAGGCUUCUCCAAUCGGACUUAUUUCUUAGAGAUCCUCCAAGGCUCGGAACUGACUUCAGAUUAUUCUUGGUCCCCAUACUGUCCUUCUCCGCCCCGUUCCUGAAAGGUUGAAUACUGAGGACUCCAAGCACCUCUACGUAGAAGCUAGUGCGCCUCCAUAUGUUGAGUUUCCGACCACAACAGAAUCCGCGGAAACGCCGGGAUUCAAGGAGAAAGCCUCCAAGCAUGUUGUAACUUCCUGGAGGAGUGACCUAUCGAGGCAAUCCUCUGAUGGUAAAAUGAAGUCUCAAAAGAUGAACAAAUCCCGAUAACUUUCCGAUUCUUUCCGCCUUCGGGUGUAACAUAUGAAGAUAGCACACUAUCAUCCACGUCGACACUUCAAUGUUCGCGACUUGCAACAAAAGAAUAACUGUGGAGCACUUGCUUCUAAGUUGGAAGACUUGCAAUGACACCAUAACCUGCCCUCCUCGAUUCGGGACACACUAGUGAGUAACUCAGUUCACGAAGAGGCACUUCAAAAAAAAAAUAGUCCAGUCGUUUCGUUGUACGUGGGGAGCAAGGAUACCAACCAGAAUACCAUAAGCCCGUUUAUGUUGAGGCCAGUUUUAUCAAUUCCGUAAAAGAUGUUGCUAUGGAUGAGCUCACUACUGACGUUUAAGGAGGUUCUCCUGUUCCAGGUUCCCGGGUAAUAAUGGCGCUUUCUUCUCUCGUAGUCUCGUUUGUCUGGACAUGUGUUACGAACGAGAGAUAACUGUUCGGCGUGAUACCGAGGAUUUGUGGCUGUCGGGUAAAGGGAAAAUAUUGAUCCCACUGCUUCGGCUCAUCGCGGCUAGGUGGUUUAUCCUCGCUCCAGCGAUCGAUGUCCCUACAACAGCGACUAUGAUGUCGUCCGCCUAGACAAAGACGAACUUCCCCCUGGUAUUCGUUUCUUCCACGAACCAACAGACAAUCAACAGACUGCAGACAAUCAACUCCCACUUGGAAGACAUGAUUGUCGGAGUCGUCCUUGAUGUAGUUUCUUAGCUAACCAGCUGACGGAACCAGUUUACUCCCUCGUUGUAGACAGUGCUGUAGGUUUUGGCACGUUCCAUUAUAAUUAUGUCGCCUUGCUAAUUGUCUAUUAGGGUCUGUCGACUGGUUUCUCCAAACACUCUAGGAUGGGCUCAAGUAACCUAACGAACGGUGAUUUGGCGCAGAUCAAGAUAAAAGUUGUCUUCGAGGUAGGUUGUAAACCGUUCGUUGACCAUCCGCUCCAUGAUUUUUUUCCACGCAGGAAAGUACACUCACAGACCGGAAUGUCGAUUCUUGCCGUCCGGGAAGUGUCGUCCUUCUUUGGUAUGAGUUUUGCAAGGGCCGUUUUCCAAGAAGAACAGAUUGGCUAUUCCAGAUGCGGUUCAAAUAGUCCAAUCAUUCUUCUAGUCUCCGGUGGAGCAUUGGGAAGCCAACGCCACCCAGUCCGGCGGAUUUCUCGUGAAUAGUAGUUGUUAAUUCUUCACUGGAGGAUGCUCUGAAACUCUUCUCUGGAGUCCAUCGGGAAAGAUGCAGAUAUUCUUUCGAGGGUUCUACAGCGUUCAAAUAUAGUUAGUGGGAAGAAAGUGCACGAGCACAGUGAGCUGAAGUGUUUGAUGAGUUUUUCAGCAGUAUGUUGAAAUUCAACUGUAGUGACUUCUUUAACUACGAGGAAAAACCCCACAUGUCUCCUAUCGCCGGUGAGAGCGUUCAAUCUUGUCCAAAGCUCGGCGGUCGAAGCAUCGGGAGAUGUCCCUUGAAGAAACGCGCUUUAAGUUUAGGUCUUCGUAGCUUCAAAGGCUUUCCUAGAUAUGUUUCGUGAUCUGCAAACUCGUUUUCGCCUUCUGUUCCUUCGUGGGUGAUCAGCAAGGGUCAUUUUCAGUACCCAGAAAGCUGUGCGGCGAUCUUUGAUGGCUUUACUGACCACCGGGUUUCACGCCUCUUGUGUGAGGAACGCUGCGAUCAGUGGGCUGAACGAGUUUGGUCAAUAGUUGGUCGGGUAUGUAUUCAUGGUCUGAUGGUGCGAGAGAGCCCGAGACUACCUCCUCGCAAGCACACGACGACUACCCACAGACUCCAGCAAAAUCCGCAGACCAGAAACAUACCUUCAAGAGGGCUGAAUAGUAUUGACCUUGAACAUAUGUGGAGCAUCCGUUGUUAAUGACUUCCAUGGACUUUCGAUUGGCGCUUCUGCCAGAUUACCACAGCGAAUGAUAGGCGUUGAAGUCCAAGAUGGGGGUUUCCCGUUGCUCCAGCAUGUUUUUCACUAUCGCACCGAUAUUGCGCACACCGGCGCAGCAGAAAUCACUGGGUAGGAUAUGGUUCGUGCCCCAGCUCUAAGCUCCAUAUCGAGUUGUAUCAGCGCCGAUGAGAUGUUGAUUCGGAUUCCGAGACAGAUGGAAUGGAAGAUGUUAUCUCCGCUUCUAGCCUCCAACGACAAUUACCCAGCCAUGUUCUGGAAUUAAUUCCGUUCCGAAUGUGAGUUUCAUGGAGAACCAAGGUAAUUAAUUAAAGUUGAGGGACUAGUAGUUGUAGACCCCUAAGGCCAAUAAUAGUCCACUGAAAAGCGAGGGUAAGCCAAUAGGAUAGGGAGCUUCAUCAUGAUCUUGCUCAGUCCGCUUCUGGUCCGUUUCGGUGGCCGAGGUGGAGCUUGUGUACCACACCUCGCUGGGCAUUACGAGUUCGUCGAUGUCGUCGGGUAAGGCCAUCGAGGACGCUACUUGAAUGGAGUGUUUGUAGUUAGUAGGUUGCAGUUGAUCUCUAGAAGGGUACCAUGUGUAUCCACCGGUACUACGGAAGAUCUUGGCUCGUCGAUGAUAUCGCUGGGUUGUGAUACGGAACUCCACUCGUGUGAGGUUGACUCGCUGAAGUCCGACAAUUGCACCAUACCUAGCAACUGGGCUGGGUAGGGUUUCGAACGGGUGGUCCAACUGUACCUUGGUAGUAAACGAAAAAAUACUUGCUUUAUAAUCUUACAUAACUCGUGUUAAUCGCAAGAUGUUGAACCUUAUGCUUUAUCGCGUAUUCGUGGUCAACAUUCAAAUGGGAUACUCUUUAACCAAUAAAAGAGAUCUUUUCUUUUGUUUCGAUUGUAGAUGUUUCCAUAUAAGGGUAAUUCGCCUCUUUUUCUGUUUAAAAAAAAGUAUAACCUUAUGUACAGGACUGGGAAUCGAACCCAGGUGAGCUGCGUAGAAGACAAUCGAUUAACCAACUACGCUAUGUCCGCGCUACGUAUAUCGGUUUUUUCUCAGUUGUACUGAUGCUAAAAAUUUUACCAAACAUUUCCAUUCCGUGCGUUUUAUUUGAAAUGAAAAAGCUUCAAAGAAGUUAUUAAGUUAUGUUGGUUUUGGUCUUUUUUUACUUAUUUUUACUAUGAAUUUUAAAAAAUAAUCUGUUUCUAGUUUUGGGGUUAUUUCAAAUUCUGCAAAACACUCUAAUCAUUAACUCCAACUUCCAGUGCUGUGUUCCGUCACAAAUAUCAGUUUUAAAGAGAUCCGAGUCCAGUAGAACAUGUCAAAGGCGUGCACAUACAAAUCAAUAUUCAUAUGUUGUAUUUAAUUGUACAGAUCUUUUUUGCUCGACUACCACGCAGGGUUUUAACUUGAAGCUAAACACUAGUGUAACAGAAAUUUAUCAUCCAGUGAAAACAGAAAUAAAAUAACUGCUUUGGAUGGAAAACAAAAAAUCUACUAAAAGAUACGGGUCUGUUUAUCUAAAUAUUAAUUCCGUUGAUCGCUUGCCUUCUUUCAUCAUUCGAUGAUGACACAAAAAACAACAUAGGAUUUAUAUACCGACAUUUAUGGAACUAUCCCCUCGUUAAUAUACUUCGCCGAAACUGUUGAAACCAAAAAAUGAAAACAAACUACCAAAAACUAUUCCGCCUACCACUUCAUGCAGGCUUGCCUUGUCGAGUAAAGAAAACGCAAUCCGCUCUAGCGCAAAUUUAAUGAAACUCCUAAACCAAAGAAGAAACAUUUGUUAGACAAAACAUAUUUCCACCACCUACAUAGACAUGCUUUCGUCGUCCGAACGCGCUUUAAAGUAAUAUCCAGUAACUAACCCCUCUUUCGCCCAAUGGUGGACCAAUAAAUCACAACAGACGCUACACAAAUAGUGUUCGUCAAAAAAAAAGGAAAAACACACGACUUCUGUGAUAACCAAAUUAAAUACCUUUUUCAUAAAAAGGAAGUUGAUUUUACUUACAAUUCUAUGGGAAAUUUAAAGUUCAAUGGAAGAAAGAAAAAAAACACAUAGAUGUGAAAAAAAACAUUAAGGUAAGGGAAGUUUUAAAGUUCAAUUGAUUCCAAAGUUUGUGUGUGUUGUUCAUUUUCUUCGAGUCCAAUCGAAAGAGAAACAUAAUUGUUAAAUUACUGUUUGAUUCUGCGAUUUAAAAAAAAACUAUAUUCGUAUAUAUACAUUGGCCGUACCAACUACCAACAGCGAUGUGCACCCGGUAAACUACAGUGAAAAACUUUUGCACCUUAACAUUCAUUAUUCAUAACCUCAACCACCAACAAAAAAAGGAAAACUGUCAGAAGCCGAUACGAGUGCCCACGCACGAAUCCAAUACUUUAUUGUGUGUUUCGAUUGAUUGUCCACCCAUAUUGUGUACCCAUCAUCGUCUUAAACGGAACGGAACGGAACAGAGAAUCGCAACGAAUGAUGGUGGACAGUACGUAUAGUAGAUUGAAACACAGAGACAUUCAAGAAUACAAUAUACCAAUAUGUGCACUUUUCAUUCCAACAGGUAGGUGUUAGCAAUCACAUAAAAGAAGCAGCAACAAACAGAAAUAAAGAAUAGCAUUGAAGUAAAACACAAAGGUGGUAAGGACACAAACAAAACAAACAAACAAAAAACAAACAGACAUGGCAUAGGCAAACGCUGUUCAUUUUAUCGAUUAGAUUGUUCAAAAUGACAACACUAAACUUAAGAGAAGCAACCGUUAACAAUGGAGAAAAUCGGUAGAGUAAAUAAAAGGAAAUAAAACUAA